GAAAACAAGGGUGGGGGAAGGGCGGGGAGGUGCUUCAAGCUGGUACGCGGAGCAUCCUGGGAGACGUAGUCCAUGAGGGGGUUGGAAAUCUGUCAGUGCGCUUGCUCCAGAGCGCGGAGCGGGCAGUUGAGCACGUUAGGUGAGGUCGAGGGGGUGGUCUUCUCAACCAGGGAGGCUCCGCAUGGCAGGAAUCCUGGCAAUCCCUGUAGGCUGUCCCUGCCCUGUCAGGCGAGGCUCCUCAAUCACUGUUGCCUUGGCAACAGACUUUGGAGCUCCGCCCCCGGUUGCUAUGGCGGCACUGGGACCUGCCUGGAAAAUCUAGAACGGAACUUGCCCGCCUAGACUUCUGGGAAGUGUAUUUCGGGAACCUCCAAUGGACUCCCCGGAUUGGCGUUGGCCCAAGUUUCUCCCAGGGUUUCAGGUUGACGUGGAACCUUGAAGAUUAGAGGUUUGAACCCCGGGUUCAGGCGGCCUUCGAAUUCCGUUCUAUCCACUGGGGGAUGACUCUGUGGCGCCAUUCUCUUACUAAAGUCUAAUUACUUCACAAACCCCAACUGCAGAAGGAGCAGCGUGAGCAGGGAGGCUCCUGUUCAAUCGGGAGGCAGGGUGGAGUGGGUUUUGCAGGCUCGCCAGAAGUUCCCUGUCAUUUUUCAGCCCCACCUAAAUCACGGAGCUGAGAAGUUAAGCUUUGCAUGGUAUGGUAAGUUGGUCUCAGAGGAUGGGACUGAGUGGAAGAAAGUACUGCCUAGGAACUGGACCAACAAGUGGCUUUGCACAGGUUAAGAUGGGGACCAGGUGGGUGGAAUGAGGCUGCCCUCUGGAACCAGGAUGGGAGGAGUAUGAUGAUGGGGCCCAAAUGAGGAGCCAUAUGUGAGCCACUGGGUGGGCAAAUGGAUUGUGGAGGAAGGUAGCAUUAGGAGGUUGCAGUAGGGUGGGGCAGUGGUGCUGAUGCCCAGGGCGUACGUGGUGUACAUGCCAUCUAUCUGGUAAAGGGAAAACUGCAGAGCAAAUGAGGUUGCUUGUAGAAGAUGGGCAGGAUUUAGAAAAGAGAGGAGUUAUCUUCUAGGCUUAAGAAAAAGCCUGUGUUGGGUUGGCGCCCGUAGCACAGUGGUUACCGCGCCAGCCACAUACACCGAGGGUGGCAGGUUCGAACCUGGCCCAGGCCAGCUAAACAAUGACAACCGCAAUCAAAAAAUAGCCGGUCAUUGUGGCAGGCGCCUGUGGUCCCAGCUACUUGGGAGGCUGAGGCAAGAGAAUUGCAUAAGCCCAAGAGUUGGAGGUUGCUGUGAGCUUUGAUGCCCCACCCACAGUACUCUACUAAGGGGGAAAUAGUGAGACUGUCUCAAAGAAAGGGGAAAAAAAAGGAAGAAAGAAACAGCCUGUGUUAGGCCAGGCACAGUGGCUCAUACUUGUAAUCCUAGCACUUUGGGAGGCUGAGGUGGGAAGAUCACUUGAGGCCAGGAGUUCGAUACCUACUUAAGCAAGAGUGAGAUUUCAUCUUUACAAAAAAUAGAAAAAUUAACUGGGCAUUAUGGCAGGUGCCUGUAGUCCUAGCUACUCAGGAGGCUGAGGCGGGAGGCUUCAUUGAUCCUGGAGUUUGAGGUUGCUGUGGGCUAUGAUGCCACCACACUCUAACCAAGAUGACAGAUGAGACUCUGCCUUAGGAAAAGAACAAAACAGCCUGUGUUUGGAGCAAGUGGGCUACUGGACACUCCAUACAAGCCCAGCUACAGAGGAGGCCAGGAAUAUGGGUUAUUCAAUGAGGGCUUCUAACCCUCUGAGUCCCUGGGGUAUGACCUCUUGGUGCCUCAGUUUCCUUGUCUGCUUUGUACAUGGGGUAGGUCUGAGGUUUGGUCAACAUCGCAUAGAAUAGGUACUCAAUAAGCAUUCACUGUCACUGUCUACUCUUAUUGCAGAAGCUUUAUCCUGUUCCUUUCUCAGGGGCAGACGGUGGCCUCAGGUCAGUACCUGACCUGGUACUCCCAAUGAGACCUACUGUGCUGGGCUCCCCAGGCACUGUACCCCCAGAAGAUGAGGGCCCUGUCAUGGUGAAGCUGGAGGACUUUCAGGAAGAAGAUGAAGCCACACCAUGGGACCCAGGCCCUGAAGCUGCACGCCUACGCUUCCGGUGCUUUCAUUAUGAGGAAGCAAUAGGGCCCCAAGAGACAUUGGCCCAGCUCCGAGAGCUAUGUCGCCAGUGGCUUCAGCCAGAAGUGCACUCCAAGGAGCAGAUGCUGGAGCUCCUGGUGCUGGAGCAGUUCCUGGGCGUACUGCCCCCUGAGAUCCAGGCCCGUGUGCAGAGACAGCAUCCAGGCAGCCCCAAGGAGGCUGCUACCCUGGCAGACAGGCUGCUCCAGGAGCUUGGCAGGCCUCGGAAAUGGGUGACAGUCCAGGUGCAAGGCCAAGAGGUCCUAUCAGAGAAGAUGGAGCCCUUCACCUUCCAGCCCCUACCUCAAACUGAGUCUCAAACGCCAGAGCCUGGGCCAGAGACGCCCCCUGGGCCCAUGCAGGAAUCACCACCACUGAGCCUUCAGGUGAAAAAGGAGCCAGAGGUUACAGAGGACACAGAGUUCCUGGAGUUUGGGCCUCUAGCUGCCAGCCAGGAGGCUGCACCCAUCCUCCUGCCUGAGGAGGCCCAGGGCUGUGGGCCAAUGCUGCACCAGGCCUUUCCCCACAACAAGACUAAGCCUGAAUGGCCCUUAUGGAGGCAGCACCCUGGGACCCUGUGGCAUGAGGAAACUGGGAGCAUCUUCUCCCCAGGGUUUGCACUCCAGAUGAACAGCAUCUGCACAGCCCCAGGUACUGUAAGCCCCCCACUGCACGUCUCCUGGGACUUUGGCAUGGCUGGUCUCUCAGGUCGGAUACGGUCACCCUCUCACGAAGGUGACUUCCCGCAUGCGCUCCUGCUCCCCAGUGACCUGAGCACUGAGCAGGACCCCAUGGAUAAGGGUUCCCCCCGAAAUGUGGGACCUACACUGGUCACUGCCCGCUGGCAAACCCCCAGGGGCCGGGGUCGUCCCAGCACCGGAACACAGACAGUUCAGGGCUGCCAUUGUGAUGUGUGUGGCAAGGUGUUCAGUCAACGCAGCAAUCUGCUGCGGCACAAGAAGAUCCACAGGGGUGAGCGACCAUUCAUGUGCUGUGACUGCGGCCGCAGCUUCAGCCGCAGCUCACACCUGCUCCGCCACCAGCUCACACACACCGAAGAGCGGCCUUUUGUGUGUGGCGACUGUGGCCAGGGCUUCGUGCGCAUCGUGCGCCUGGAGGAGCACAGGCGCGUGCACACUGGUGAACAGCCCUUUAGUUGCUCAGAGUGCGGCCAGAGGUUCCGGCAGCGCGCCAACCUGCUGCAGCACCAGCGCAUCCACGGCGACCCCCCAGGCCCCGGCUCUGUGGUUCCCACCCUUCCUGGCACACCUGAGCCUCCAGGCCCCUUUCCGUGCAGUGAAUGCUGCGAAAGCUUCCCACGGCGUGCUGUGCUGCUAGAGCACCAGGUGGUGCACACAGGUAUCAAGUCCUUCAGCUGUGUGGAGUGCGGAGAGCGUUUUGGCCGCCGCUCAGUGUUGCUGCAGCACCGGCGCGUGCACAGCGGCGAACGGCCCUUUGCCUGUGCCGAGUGCGGCCAGAGCUUUCGGCAGCGCUCAAACCUCACGCAGCACCAGCGCAUCCACACCGGCGAGCGGCCCUUCACUUGUGCAGAGUGCGGCAAGGCCUUCCGCCAGCGGCCCACACUCACGCAGCACCUGCGCGUGCACACAGGUGAGAAGCCCUUUGCGUGCCCCGAAUGCGGCCAGCGCUUCAGCCAGCGCCUCAAGCUCACACGCCAUCAAAGGACACACACCGGCGAGAAGCCCUACCAUUGCAGCGAGUGUGGCCUGGGCUUCACACAGGCCUCGCGGCUCACGGAGCACCAGCGCAUCCACACUGGCGAACGGCCCUUCACCUGUCCUGAAUGCGGCCAGAGAUUCCGGCAGCAUGCCAACCUCACGCAGCACCGGCGCAUACACACGGGGGAGCGUCCCUAUACAUGCCCCGACUGUGGCAAGGCCUUCCGCCAGCGACCCACACUCACGCAGCACCUGCGCACACACUGGAGAGAGAAGCCCUUUGCCUGCCAAGAUUGUGGCCGCCGCUUCCACCAGAGCACCAAGCUCAUCCAGCACCAGCGCGUGCACGGUGCUGAGUAGCUCCAGCCUGGACACACUGUGUCCACCUUGGUCAGAACACUUGGCAGGUUUGUUGGGAGGCCAGUGACCACAUAGGUACAACAGGUUCACCUGGGGCUUUGCCAUCAGUAGAUGCUCAAUACACAGUAGAUGAAAAACUGAGUCUCCACCCUCUUGAUUGAUGCCUCCCCAUUUUCACAGUCCCUGUCUACCCACUGUGCUGUCCUGGGGUGUUCCCUCUGCACCAACAUGCUUCCUGUGAGGAUUGUAUCCUUCCCCUGCAACACUCCCUCACCCCCACAGAGGUGGCUCCUAGCAGCACCUGCUCCUAUUGGGGGGGGGGCCUUUAUACUAUGUUUCUGACUUACACUGAGUAAUGAAUCACCCAGCAGCAGGUCGGUAGAGCAGCGCUGAGCAGCCUAGCCUCAGCUCUCCCUAAGCAAUAUACCACCUCAGUUUCUCAAACCCAGAGAGAAGGAAAUGUUCUCUGCCAACAUCUGCCAGGAGACCACAUGUGUAUUGCAUGGUGCCAUGCAAUCAGGAUCCAGUCAAGAGACAGAGCCACAGCAGGUGUUUAAACAGA